CGCCUUAUAUAUACAACUAUCUCCUCCUAGACUAUAAAAGCCGAGGGUAAACGCUCGCUAGGACUCAGUACGCGUUACUCUCUAAAACUCAGCUCUGCCAGCCCACAAGCAUGGACGGCAAAUUGAAAGCCCUGUUAUUCCUGAGCCUGCUGGCGUUCACGCUGGCGGCCGAGGCCGAGAAGGCCGCGGAGCCCGCCGCAGCCGCCGAGAAGAAGGACGACACGGUCGCGGCCGCGUCCAGCGACGAGCCCAAGAAGUCCGAGGAGAAGACCAAGCGCGGCCUGGGCCACCUCUACGGUGACUACCACAGCUACGGUCUGGUGGAUCACGGCUACGACUCGCAUCACGGUCUCGAUCUCCAUCAUCACGCGCCGAUCAUUCACGAGCAGCACCACGUCAAGACCCACGUCGUGACCAAGCACGUGCCCGUGCUCCAGCCCUACCCGGUCAUCCACGAGAAGCACGUGCCCUACCCGGUCAAAGUGCCCGUCAAGGUGCUCGUCGACCGUCCCGUGCCCGUGCACGUGCCCCAGCCCUACCCGGUCGUCCACGAGAAGCACAUCCCCGUCACGGUGGAGAAGCACGUGCCCUAUCCCGUCAAGGUGGCCGUUAAGGUGCCGGUGAAAGUACCCUACGAGGUAAAAGUACCAGUCCACGUGCCCGUCGAGGUGCACAAGCCAGUCCCGUACCCAGUCAAAGUGCCGGUCGUCGUCAAGGAGCCCUACCCCGUCUACGUUAAGGAGCAUCAUCAUGGUCAUCACGACUAUCAUGGACAUCACGGUGGUCUCCUGGAAUUGGGACACGGACAUCACGGACUCCACUAUUAAGAAAUAAAACUCACUCAAAGUAAAAAAAUUACCAGGACCGAAGAUCUCUAUCUCGAUUAAUUUUUCCGUUUAACUUGAACUAUGAACAAAAAAAAUGAAAGAAAGAAGAAAGUAAAUAAUUAACUCGA